AUGUCGGCCGCAAAUAGAGGCCUCGCGAGUUCAAGCCGACGGAAGAGAGCAAGAGACGAUGAAGACGACAUUAUGUCGUCGUCGCCAGCAGCGCUGCCAUCUUCUCCUCCUUUGCUCCCAACCAACGAAAAUGAUGACCUUGACGACGACAACCUAGACGCCGAAGAUGACUUGCUUGGCGAUGUGGACGACCUCGACGAGAUGGCCGAAGAUGAGGAUGGAAUUGACCUCUUUGGUGACAAUUUCAUGAAUGAUGAGCGAGAUCGGGGCAAUCAAGAAACAUACCAAGGCCGCAUGAUUGAUGAUGAAGGCGACUAUGAUGAAAUCGACCUCGCAGACCGACGUCAAUUGGAGGCGCGUCUUAAUAGACGUGAUCGCGAGCUAGCCCGUAGACGCCGCAUGCCGGCAGCUUUCAUGGCCGACGACGAUGAGGACGCCGGGAUUGACUUGACAAAACAACCUCGGAGACGUCGACACCACUACGAUGAAGACCAAGAUGAUAUGGACAUUGACGAGAACAUCAUGGAAGAAGAACUUUCCCUUGAAACGCUGCGAGACAUCAAGGCCGCCAACAUCACAGAGUGGGUGACUCAACCUUCUGUCAUGAAAACAAUUGCCAGAGAAUUCAAAUCCUUCUUGACGGAGUACAUUGAUGCCCACGGCAGUUCAGUCUAUGGUACACGAAUUCGAACUUUGGGAGAAGUUAACUCAGAGUCACUGGAGGUCUCAUACGAUCAUCUGUCUUCAACUAAGGCCAUCUUGGCCUACUUCCUGGCGAAUGCACCCGCAGAGAUGCUGAAGAUCUUCGACAAAGCAGCCUUCGAGGUUGUUCGAUUGCACUAUCCAAACUACGAGCUGAUUCACCCAGAAAUCCAUGUGCGUAUUUCGGAUCUACCGGUUCAAUACACCUUACGUCAGCUACGACAAUCGCAUUUAAAUUGCUUGGUCAAGGUUUCUGGUGUCGUUACCAGGCGAACGGGCGUUUUCCCGCAAUUGCAAAUGGUCAAGUUCACCUGCACAAAAUGUGGUGUUACACUUGGACCCUUCGCCCAAGAGUCUACGUCGGCAGAAGUCAAAUUAUCCUUCUGUCCCGAGUGCCAGUCACGAGGACCAUUCACCCUCAACAGCGAGAAGACAGUAUACAGAAACUACCAGAAACUGACCCUACAAGAGUCCCCCGGUACCGUGCCUGCUGGUCGAUUGCCACGACAUCGGGAAGUCAUCCUCCUUGCUGAUCUCAUUGACUCGGCCAAGCCUGGUGAGGAGAUUGAAGUUACAGCAAUCUACCGCAACAACUACAGCGGCCAGCUGAAUAACAAGAACGGGUUCCCUGUUUUUGCCACCAUGCUCGAAGCCAAUCAUAUUAUCAAGACUCACGACCAGCUUGCCGGUUUCAGACUGACUGAGGAAGAUGAAAGACAAAUCCGAGCACUUUCUAAGGAUCCAAAUAUUGUUGAGAAGAUUGUUGACUCUAUCGCCCCGUCCAUCUAUGGUCACAAGGACAUCAAAACCGCUGUGGCUCUUUCUCUGUUCGGCGGUGUUAGCAAGGAAGCGCAAGGCAAACAUAAGAUUCGUGGAGAUAUCAACGUGCUUCUGUUGGGUGACCCUGGAACUGCUAAAUCACAGAUCCUCAAGUACAUCGAGAAAACGGCACAUCGAGCGGUGUUCGCCACAGGUCAAGGUGCAUCAGCUGUCGGUUUGACGGCUUCCGUUCGGCGAGACCCGUUGACAGCGGAAUGGACGCUCGAAGGCGGUGCUCUUGUCCUGGCUGAUCGUGGUACCUGCUUGAUUGACGAGUUCGACAAAAUGAACGAUCAAGAUCGAACUUCCAUCCACGAAGCUAUGGAGCAGCAAACAAUAUCGAUAAGUAAAGCAGGAAUCGUCACAACUCUUCAGGCACGAUGCGCAAUUGUGGCUGCCGCCAAUCCCAUUGGCGGACGAUAUAACAGUACCAUUCCUUUCAGCCAGAAUGUGGAACUGACGGAACCUAUUUUGUCUCGAUUUGACAUUUUGUGUGUCGUUCGAGACACCGUUGACCCUGCCGAGGACGAACGGCUUGCGAAAUUUGUGGUCACCAGUCAUGGACGUGCCCAUCCUGCAAAGCUUAGCGUUGAUUCGGGCGACACUGCUGCAAUGGAGACCGAGGAGACUGAUGCGGUUAAUAACGGCGAACCCCAGCAAGAAGGAGCCAUUCCACAGGAGCUUCUUCGAAAGUAUAUUCUUUAUGCUCGCGAGAAGUGUAGACCGAAACUGUACCAAAUUGACCAGGACAAAGUCGCACGUCUGUUUGCAGACAUGCGUCGAGAAUCGUUAGCAACCGGUGCUUACCCAAUCACUGUCCGACAUCUCGAAGCAAUUAUGAGAAUUGCUGAAGCGUUCUGCAAGAUGCGUCUGUCAGACUUCUGCUCAUCUCAAGACAUUGACCGCGCUAUCGCUGUGACUGUCGAUUCGUUUGUCGGCAGCCAGAAGCUAAACUGCAAGAAAGCUCUCGCAAGAGCGUUUGCAAAGUACGUCGGACACCCCUCGAUAGAGCAAUCCCAACUAACAUGA